AUGACUAAUACUCCACAAUGGAUUAUGAUUGGUGGAGAAGGUCCUGAGAGUUACCAUCAAAAUUCAUCUUAUCAGAGAGCUUUGUUGGAAGCUGCAAAAGAAAAGAUGAACGAGGCAAUCUCAGCCAAACUCAGUCUCAACUUGAUUACCGAUCGCUUCACUGUAGUGGAUUUCGGUUGUGCAAGUGGACCUAACACUUUUGUGGCAGUGCAAAACAUAAUAGAUGCAGUAGAAGACAAGUAUCGUAAAGAAACAGGACAAAACCCCGCAGAUAACAUCGAGUUCCAAGUCUUCUUCAACGACUUUAGCAACAACGAUUUCAACACUCUCUUCCAGGGACUUCCUCCGGAAAGAAGAUACUAUAGCCGGGUUCCCAAAGGGAUCACAAACCGCGACUCUCCCAUGUGGAACAAAGACGUGCAUUGCACUGGGUUCAACAAAGCUGUCAAGAAAGCAUAUCUUGAUCAGUACUCGGUUGACACCAAGAAUCUGUUGGACGCUAGAGCUGAAGAGCUCGUCCCCGGGGGAUUAUUUUUGAUUUUUGGAUCUUGUCUAAGAGACGGAGUUAAGAUGUCCGAGACUUUUAUAGGAGUAGGGAUUGAUUGCAUUGGAGCUUCUUUUUAUGAUCUUGCCCAACAGGGUCUCGUUGAGCAAGAAAAGGUGGACUCUUUCAGAACCCCUUUGUACAUGGCAGAGGAAGGCGAGUUGAAGCAAAUCAUAGAAGAGAACGGGAAGUUCAAAAUUGAGGUUUUUGAUGAUAUCAUUCACCCAAACGGGGACUUUCCGCUAGACCCCAAGAUUUUGGCCACCUUCUUUAAGGCCAUAUAUGGAGCGUUCCUAUCUGCAUAUUUUGGAGCAGACGUAAUAAGGAAAGCCUUUGAGCUUGUCGAGGUUAAGGCCCGGGAAGAACUUUCUCGCUUCAAGAAUGCCAAACCCGGAAUGCAGUACCUCAUUGUGCUUUGCAAGAACUAA